AUGAGCAAGGAAGCCCAGUGCCAAAAUUUUCAAAACAACGUGUUCACUCUGCAUGUUGAUCUCCUUGAACACAAAACGGCUGUCCACGCAGGGCUGUCAACCCCUUAAGUCUUCAAAUACAGAGAAAUGGUAGAUGACGUCAUAAUGCACUGCCCAUGACGUCAUUUCGCCAAAAGAUGUUGUUGGAAUUGUAACAUUUGACCUGAUUGGUUUACUUGCCACCAAUCAUGUUAUUGCUUAUAUUUUAAUGGCAUACCGGAGUUUAAAAGAAAAUGUUCAAUGUUAAUAAAAUAGCUCAAACAAUGCAAAAUAUUCGAAAUUUCAUCGUCAGAAAGUCGAGUCUACAAGAAAUGGCAAACUUUGGUGAUUAUUAGGGAGAUUUCAGACUCUAAUCUGGAGACCGGGAGGUACGGUUCAAAAUCUGGAGUCUCCCGCAUUACCUGGGAGAGUUGACAGCAGCAUCCACAGCCCUGAGAUAAGAAAGUCAUUCAAGGAAGCCCAAAGAAAAGGCGAAACAAAGCAGAAUAAAGCCAUACUGGUGCUUUUCAAGUGUGUACAGUGGCUGUGUAUGGCAAGUAUCCCGCUAGUAAAAUUCAAAUUGCUACUGGCACUUCUUCAUGAUUUGGGGCUUGACGACAUAGCU